GAGGUUGCUGGAGUCUUCCCUCAUUUCAUUAUCUCGCUAUGAUGGAGCAGGGUCCCGGGAACAUCCGAUCUACCCAGAUCCAGCCAGGGACAAUGGAGACCGAUCCAGGCACCGAGCUCCACGGAAUGCCCGCAUGUCUGCACCGUCACUGGGGCGCUUUGUCCCAAGACGCUUCUUGCUGCCCGAGUACUUGCCUUAUGCUGGGAUUUUCCACGAACGGGGACAGCCUGGCUUGGCCACCCAUUCCUCUGUCAACAGGGUUUUGGCAGGUGCUGUGAUUGGGGAUGGACAGUCAGCUGUGGCCAGCAACAUUGCCAACACCACCUACCGGCUCCAGUGGUGGGACUUCACUAAAUUUGAUCUGCCUGAAAUCAGCAAUGCCUCUGUGAACGUGCUUGUUCAAAACUGCAAGAUUUACAAUGAUGCUAGCUGCGAUAUCUCUGCUGAUGGGCAGCUGCUGGCAGCCUUCAUUCCUAGCAGUCAAAGAGGCUUCCCUGAUGAAGGGAUACUGGCUGUGUAUUCUCUGGCACCCCACAACUUGGGCGAGAUGCUUUACACAAAGCGCUUUGGCCCUAAUGCCAUUUCUGUCAGCCUGUCUCCAAUGGGCAGAUACGUAAUGGUGGGACUGGCUUCUCGACGUAUCCUGUUGCACCCGUCCACAGAACACAUGGUAGCUCAAGUCUUCAGGCUGCAACAGCCCCAUGGUGGAGAAACCUCUAUGAGG